UUUAUUGGAGAAAAGGAGGAAACUAAGUAGCAGAACAAGCCAAAUAAUUUACUCCUGCUUGUUUUUUCUGAGUCCUAUUUAAUACUAAAGAUCUUAAUAUCUGGAGAUUCUUGCAGAAGCCAGGCUAGAAAGAUUAUUUUCCAGGGCAGUUAUGCACAUUUAUCUAUGCACAUGGGGCUUAAGAGAAGCACCUGGGCAUAGAGAAAAAAAGAUAUUAAGAACAACUGAUAACAUCUAUUGAUGCUUACUGCCACGUAUACAUUUCCAAAGGGUUUUGUGUUGGUGAACCAUCUAUCUUCUGCAAGAUGGAAUCUACAAUGGAAGAACACAAGGACAAUCAGCUAGACUAUGAGUCAGAGAAAGUGGAAAUCUUAAGACUGGUCCAGUCAAAGAGGAACAUUAACAGUUUGAACAUGGACCUUGAAAGGGAUAUGCAGAGAAUAGAUGAAGCAAAUCAGGAACUUCUUCUCAAAAUCCAAGAGAAAGAAAAUGAGAUUCAGAGGAUGGAAGGUGAGAUUGCUCACACCAGAGACUUGGCUGAAGAUGAAGAAUGGGAAAAGGAGAACCACACCAUGAUAGAGAGGGAAAAAGCCUUGCAGGAGCUGGAAGAAGAGACAGCCAGACUUGAUAGGAAGAAUGAGAUUCUGGUCCACAGUAUAGAAGAACUUCAAAGAAAGCUUACAAGGAAAUCACAUAAGGCAACCAAGUGUGAACAAGAAGAUCUAAAAGGAACCCCAGAAGAGUCAAAGGCUAAAUUAAAACAGCUGGAAGCUUCCUGUGCAGACCAAGAGCAAAAGCUGACCAAGGUAAUGGAAGACUAUACAUUUGUGGCACAGCUCUGUGAAGAUCAGGCCCUCUGCAUAAAGAAGUACCAGGAAACUCUGAGGAAAAUAGAAGAAGAACUAGAGACUCGGUUCCUUGAGAGAGAAGUAUCAAAAGUCUUGAGCAUGAAUUCUGCAAGAAAAAAGUGUAACAGCCAAAAUAAUAAGGAUGAUUCUCUCCAAAACAAGGGAACUUGGUUCUGUAAAAGGUUGUUUCAAUAUGUCUUUUCCACCACCCUAUUUUUCAUCAGACUGCUGGGCUACUUGUUUUUCCACAUAUGUUUUAUAAAUCCAGAUCUCCUUAUCAACACACUGCCCAAGAUAUUGAGCAGGGGCAUUCUGUGGAAGCUAAGAUGCUUCCUCUUUCCAUCUCUCACACUUGAGACAGAGGACAUGUUACCCCACUGAUACAUAAGAAAUAACCUUGAGCAAAAGAA